AUGCUCGGCGCUACAGACUCAGCCAUGUACCCCGAGGAGGACUGGCCCAGCCUGCCCCGGACCCGGUACACCGAGGAGGACUGGCCUGGCCUGCCCCGGACCAGCGGCCCCGAGGAGGAGCCAAGUCUGCCCCCUGCCAGCUGUCCUGGGGAGGAAUUGUCGAACCAGCCCCCCAGCCCCGCCACCGAGGAGCCGAUGCUGGUGGACUGGCCUGAACCCAGCCCCACCACCGAGGCUAAGGUGGACGUGACUCUGGAUCCAGACAUGGCAAAUCCCAACCUCAUCCUGUCUGAGGAUCGGAAACGUGUGAGAGAUGGAGACACAUGCCAGUAUCUGCCCGACAACCCUGAGAGAUUUGAUACAUAUCCCAUUGUCCUGGGCGCUGAGGUUUUCGCUGGCGGGAGGCGUUACUGGGAGGUGGAGGUGGGAAACAAGACAGGUUGGACUCUGGAGGUUUGUAGGGAAUCUGUGAGCAGGAAGGGGGAGGUCACAUACACACCUGGGAAUGGAUACUGGGCCGUGGUGCUGAGGGAUGGGGGAUACACGGCCUGCACCUCCCCCUCGACCCCCCUCCCCGUGAGCGUCAGGCCCAGCCGGGUGGGGAUUUUCCUGGACUAUGAGGCGGGCGAGGUCUCGUUUUACAAUGUGACUGACAGGUCCCAUCUCUUCACUUUCACUGACACCUUCUCCGGGACGCUCCGCCCUUAUUUCACUCCCCAUCUCAACAUUGGGGGUACAAACGCAGCUCCCCUGAUAAUCUGCCCGGUCCCAGCUCAGGCCGGAGGGAAUCUCUGUCCCUGA